GUGUGAGGUGUAGUAGUGCUUCCUGUCCAAGAAUAACACUUGUAAUAUUAUAGAGAAAUUUCAAUCAUCCACUAUUAUGAAACCGUCUGGAUCAAAGGGUAGGAAURUCUCCCUCUUCACAACUUGGCUACUCAUUGUAGGCAAUCAAUGCAMGGGAUUGAUCGGAGGAGAAGCGUUUGUUAUCACUAGUCAUGUCAAGAUUUCAGCUUAUUGUUCUGGAUUGGGAAGAAGGCUAGAAAAUACUUUUUUGUGCGGCAGCACUGGUGACAAUGACGAUUUUUCUUUCAGAAGGACAGAUGRCGACGCAAGGUAUUGGAACUUACCAAACGAUUUUACGAUGUUCCUGACACAAAGGGCCAUUCAGUCCUUCAUAUUUUUGACGAGCCAACUGCGAGAUCCCGAAACAUGCUACUGGGUUGAGCAAUUUACCGAGCCAAAUUUGGUCCGCCUCGAUACCAAACAAUCCUUCAGUCUGGGUGACACUUUGCCGAAUCUGAGUGACAUUUCUAGCGGCAAAUCCGAUUGGCGGCCGAACGCCGACGGCGAUGAUCCGAAAGACGACGAGGACGAGGAGGAACGACGGACCUURCUUCUCUUAAAGUACCACGGCCUAGCUGCUAUGGACACUGUUCGGUUUCCUACAUGGGAGUCCUAUUUCGAAGAAAUGUUGGAACAACCGACCGAUAAGUGGAUCAUUGCAAGUGACCAAUCUCAUAUUCCAGAUUACACAUGGGAGAUAGAUCCGUCCUCCCUAUGCAGUAGAAUUUUAAGUGUCAGAGAACAGCUUUCGAGAGAAUUUGCUAGCGAUCUUCAAGCCGUUUCCAAUAUGGGUGGACAGACGUUAGAUUGGUAUUGGGAUCGACUUCGUCAAUCUCGUGAAGAUGAACGACGAGAAGAAGGACAACAAACGGAAGGGAAAAAUAGUGGCGAAAACGAGGACAAUCCCUUCGUAGACCCGACUUCGCUUAGAGGUUCAAGGCAAAACUUACUAUUUCUUGAAAUAAACGUCGAUAGGCCCGAAUUGGAUCACAAACCCAGUCCCUUGCGAAGGGGGAACUUCGAUCUUUUGGUGUUGUUGGCAACCGAAGAAGCUAUUCAGCGGGUUCUCAAUCGAUGGCAAUCGAAAAAGUCUGUGGGGGAUUUGGAUGGUUCGGAAUUUGUAAGCUACGAAUUUCUAGAAGACUUUUACAAAGAGAGACAGCACUUGUUUCAGGGUCCGUUGCCGUCCUACGGAAAAGCCGAUGACAUUUUGGAAGAAUUGUUGUCUUCUGCACUCAGUUUCAAGGGCGACGGAGAGGUCAUCAAUCCUACCAAAAUAGCCGAAGUGGUCUUGCGGGAACGAGAACGAGUGGCACUGGAUUGGAAAGAUAUCGCAUUGGAUUCCCCCCAGGACCACAUGAAAAUCCAAAAAUUGCGAUUGAGUCGAAUGAUGAUGGGCAAUGAUAACAACGGCAAUGGCCAACAAGGCGAGAGCAGUCGGGGUGAAUCAUCCAGCAAUGUUGGUUAUCACGACCCUGGUCCUGGUGCUUUCGAGUAAAGUUCUUACCCGGACGAACGAACAAAAUCCAUUCUUUUGAAUCUAAAAGACAACGUCGAAACUCUCCCAAUCUUGCAAAGGCAUAAAUCAACAUUCUACAUAUCGAGCGCUCUCACGUACGCAAGUAAAUUUGAGCUUGCACUUUAAAGUAUACUCUAGUUGGGUAUCUUUUCUUAUGUUGCAUGAACCACAUCGAAGAAAAGGAAUGGAGGUUUUAUCAAGCUUGAGAGAUCAUUUAUCUUUUUUUACGUUCCCUCUGACUUAUUGCGUACCRYCGUCUAUCAURGAUYUYUAAGUUGGUAGAAGUUAAUAGAAUGGAACGCAUUAA